AUGGGGCCUGUCACCUACACCGACCAUGUGGCUGUCUACAAGCCUGAUCGCAAGUUGAACCGAAAGUAUCGCAGCUACUUGAAGCAGCACGGAGUCAUGCUGUUCUUGACCCAGUUCAUUCCAUCCACCGUCUCCAAAGCCGAUCUCUGUAAGUUGAUUCUCGACUUGGGAUACUCCAAGUACCUGCUUCGUACCGUGGAGUCGUUGACUCCCAAGCAGGUGGUCAAGGUGCUCAUGAAUCUCUUGAUCAACGACAAGAUCGUGGUGUCGCGUACUUCCACGCCAGCCCCCAUAUACUCGUUUGAAAACUUGUUGGCCCACUUGAAGACUGCUAAGAAAAUCAUGGUAAUCACAGGUGCAGGCAUCCUGACUCCGUUGGGCAUUCCUGACUUCCGGUCGUUCAAGGGAUUGUACACCCAGUUGAAGCACUUGAACUUGAAGGACCCCCAGGAAGUGUUCAACAUCGACACAUUCAACCGCAACCCCAACAUCUUCUACUCCAUAGCCCACAUGAUUCUUCCCCCAGAGGACAGAUUCACCAUUUUGCAUUCUUUCAUUAAAUUACUUCAAGACAAGGGAAAACUACUCCGAGACUACACCCAAAACAUCGACAAUUUGGAGUCGAGAGUCGGCAUCCCCAAGCACAAAUUGGUCCAAUGUCACGGCUCGUUUGGAACAGCCACUUGCAUAACUUGUCACAGCAAAUACUCUGGGUCCAUGAUCUUUGAUCAUAUCAGACAUAAACAGGUCCCAAGGUGUUUCUCCUGCUAUAAAGAUAUCAGUAUGAACGACGAAGUCGCAAUCAACUAUGGUGUGAUCAAGCCGGAUAUCACUUUCUUUGGGGAAGAGUUACCCAAAAACUUCCAUGGAUCAAUCAAAAGCGAUAUCAACGACUGCGAUUUGGUCUUGGUGAUUGGAACCUCGCUAAAGGUCUAUCCAGUGGCUGGAAUCAUAGACAGAGUACCCAGUUACAUUCCUCGUAUCUUGAUCAACAAAGAUGACCUACCAGGUAAGAAAUUCGACUUGAAGUUACUUGGCGAUAGUGACGAUACUGCUUCUUAUAUUUCGAAAAUACUCGGGAAAGAUUGGGAUAUACCCAACAAAGAUUACUGUAAUGAAAAUGAAAUUAGAAUUGAAAGAGACGAGCUGGAUAGAAGUAUAUAUAGGGUAAAGUAA